AUUAAUCACAAUAUCAAAAAUUAAACAAAUUCGACUUCACAAUAAAAAAAAAAAUCUUUUCUGUUUUACAGCAGAAGUGUUCAAGAGAUUUGAAUCAUCUUUAAGAGUGACGUAAUGAUAACGAUGAUGUCACAUCGUGCUCGAUGACAUCAUCACUUGAUGCCGCAGCCACCGUCAUCGGUCCCAUGUUUUGUUCAUCCAUCGCAGCAGUUUGCAGCUGCGCACUCCUGUCAGCGCCCACUUCAUUUAAAGAACGAGCCACUGCUGUCAACAUCUAUGAUCACGGUCCACAUCCGCUACAGACUUUCAAAAUAAAACCAACCCUGUACAAAAACAUGUAUGGAGCACACGUGGACAGCUCGUGUUAAUGUUUCGCUUUAUUCGGUCGACCACAUUUCACUUCCUGUUUCAUUCUUACUCCACCGUGGUGUUUUGACACGGUUCUAAAAAAAAUGGAGGGGUGUGUGUGUGAGAAAUGUAAUCUUGUUGCGGGGACUGAGUAGAGACAUAACCGAGGGAAGAAACGGGGGGGACGGAAAAAAAAAACAGACAAAAACGGAGGACACCUCCAAGUCACACCGUCGACCUCCUCCGCUGACUCCCAUGACUCUCUCCGGGGUUGGUCUAACCCAAAAAAAAAAAUCCGUCAUCCAACAAUGGGCUGUGGGAGAUCGGCUCGACUCGGAGGAUCGUCUUGCAGCUGUUCAGAGAGCCGAGAGUAGGACCGAGACAUCGGAGUCAAUGAAGGUGGCCUGUCCGCUUUUGUCCUGCAUCUCCCGGCCCGGUGUCUGGCAGCCAGCCGCGGCGCACUGCGCGUAAAUGCGGUCCGAAUAGAGAAAGACAGGCCCGCCGAGGAGCUCCUUAAAGGUCGAAAUGCACUUUAAAGGUUGAAAUGCAGUCUUUGUCAGGCGUCGUCUGUAGCGAAUCGAUUUCCUUAUAGUGUCCGCUGAGCGGAUGGAGUGAACUGUGCAGAAAAAGAGAGAGAGACAGACUGCAGCUCGGUUGCGUGUGAUGAUAGGAGACACAAUGACGCUCCUGUCUCUUCUGGGUCGGAUCAUGCGUUAUUUUCUCCUCAGGCCUGAGACAUUGUUCCUGUUGUGCAUCAGUCUGGCGCUGUGGAGCUACUUCUUCCACACCGACGAGGUGAAAACCAUCGUCAAGUCCAGCCGGGACGCCGUGAAGAUGGUGAAGGGGAAAGUGGCGGAGAUGAUGCAGAAUGACCGGCUGGGAGGCCUCAGUAUCCUGGAUGCGGAGUUCUCCAAAACCUGGGAGUUCAAAAACAACAACGUCGCCGUGUACUCCAUCCAGGGGAGGAGAGAUCACAUGGAGGACCGCUUCGAGGUGCUCACCGACAUCGCCAACAAGAGCCACCCGUCCAUAUUCGGGAUCUUUGACGGUCACGGUGGAGAGGCUGCAGCUGACUAUGUGAAGGCCCACCUGCCAGAAACCCUGAGGCAGCAGCUGCAGGCCUUUGAGCGAGAGAAGAGAGAGAGCGCUCACUCGUACGCCAGCAUCCUCGAGCAGCGCAUCCUGACUGUGGAUCGUGAGAUGCUGGACAAGCUCUCCGCCAACCACGAUGAAGCAGGAACCACAUGUCUUAUGGCGCUGCUGUCCGACCGAGAGCUCACUGUGGCCAACGUCGGAGACUCCCGCGGCGUGUUGUGCGACAAGGAUGGGAACGCCGUUGCGCUGUCGCAUGACCACAAGCCGUAUCAGCUCAAGGAGCGCAAGAGGAUCAAGAGGGCAGGAGGUUUCAUCAGUUUUAAUGGCUCCUGGAGAGUCCAGGGGAUCCUGGCCAUGUCCCGCUCUCUUGGAGACUACCCGCUGAAGAACCUCAACGUCGUCAUCCCCGACCCUGACAUCAUGACCUUUGACCUGGACAAACUUCAGCCAGAGUUCAUGAUCCUGGCGUCCGACGGCUUGUGGGAUGCUUUCAGCAACGAGGAGGCCGUCCGGUUCGUCCGCGAGCGCCUGGACGAGCCUCACUUCGGCGCCAAGAGCAUCGUCCUCCAGUCCUUCUACCGCGGCUGCCCCGACAACAUCACCGUCAUGGUGGUGAAGUUCAAGAGCGGAGCCGGGGGGAGUAGCAAGGGCGGGGAUUAGGUCAGGUUCAAGUUGAGAGAUGGUAAUUUUCCCCAUCUUUUCCGAUGGAGCAGCAAGGGUGACACGACAGCAGGACUGGAGGAAGUUAAAGUUUGGACAUUGAGAACUGUACUGUUGAUAAGUACACACACACACACACACACACAGAAACAUGUAAAAAAAAAAAAAAAAGAAAAAGCCAGGUUUUGUUUGGUUUGUAGGUUUCUGAUUGAGAUAAGGGCAUUCAAACAAACCACAGAAUUCAUACUCAUCCGAUGAAUACAUUAAAAUACUGAGACGAGAGAAAAAAAAACACAAGACACACAAAGCAAACAGGGGAUUUUCUCUCAACCAGCACACAUUAGACUGUGACUGAUUUACUACUGUUUACUGUACAUGCACGUGAAUGGUACAGCUCCACUGGAGGCUUCUUCAGAGGAGGCUUCAACUAGUGCCUACUCCAGAAUUACUGUGCAACUACAGGAAGCUACUGAAAACGCAUUCGCGGAGAAAAGAAAAAAAAAAAAAACAACCUCCACCCUGCUUGCUGCAUUUUGAUGAUAAUCCCAAGUAUUGUACAUGCAUCUGUUACAACUUUGACCUGGAAAAUCGUGUCAAAUAUGAAAAAAAAAGACUCCAGUGGAUCCAUACCUUUGAUUUAACACGAGGCAACGCUCCAGUUAAAAUCUAUAUUUUGAGUAUCAGUCAAUCAGUUCCUGCAGAGAGAGAGAGGGAGCUGUUAAACAUUUGUAGUCAGUCGGUUUAAUGUAAAAGCGAGCAGUCUUGAGAGAGGAAGAAAAAGUAGUGCAAGGCAUUGAAAGUUUGUAAAAUUCUCAACUUGAAGUAUUUUCAAAGUUAGGAAGAAGCUUGAAUUUAAAUGUACACCUUCAAAGAUGAUGAUUUUUUAUCACAAGCUGAUACUUUACCCCGAUAAUCACUCAUUUAAACCAAAAAUCUGUUGAUGAUGAUUUUUGAAAAGGAUGGGCGAGUUUGAGUUUGAGAAGUUUUUGUUAAUCUCUCUUCAAAUGUAAAGAAAGGUAAAGAAAUCCUGUCACCGUCAUCCAAACUGACACUGCAAAGUUUUACAGCCAAGUUUAGUGUAGUUAGUAUUGAGUUGUGUUUAGUGUGUAGAAGGUUAGUGAUACUCAGAUCAUAGAUUUUCGAGCGGAGUUUCACUUUUACAGACAACACACACACACAAACACAUAUGAAAAACUGCACUUUUCAGAUGUUUAUUUUUUGGAAUGGUGAAUCCUUAACAUAUCAGCUGAUGUAAACUCUGUAUAUCCUCAGUAACACACACAAGGGUUUUAACGUAUGUAGAAAUCUGAUUUAGUUUCCCGACCCUCAUGGUUCACCUCAUGGUUCUGCAGUUUCUUUUUUAUGGAGCUUGUCCCAUCAGAGUUAAUUCAUGCCAUCCGUGUCAGGGCGCAUGAGCUCUGGCACUACCCAGAACGGAAUCAUGAACAGAGUACAGCGCUGGUGGCUGCCUUUGACCCGGGGAAGCGCACGAAAUGGGACGUGGAAACUACAGGACGACACAACUGCACAGCCGCAGCCUGAACGCUUGUAGCUUGUUAUGUGAUCUGCUCGUGAAGCAAUACGACUGGUGUCGACGACGGCAACAACCUGUCGAGGAACGUUGCGGUACCAUACUUGAUUUACUACUGUUUUUAUGUUCAACUACUUUUUACCACUUUGUUUUCAUGAUCUCUGCAUCAGUCGACAGAAGCCUUUUUUUUUUUAAUUUAACAGUUUACCUAAUGCCUUAUUUAUUAUUACGUUUCUGGACGUGUCUGGCGGAAUUUGCCAAAUCAGUAUAUCCAUUUGUUUUUCGUCCUUCUGUACAUGAGCAGAAGUUGACAGGACAUUAGAUACACAUCACUUUGUUUUUUGAGGAGCAGUCUACGAUUAUUCACACAUGUUGAGCUGAUGCUCAGUGUAAAAAAAAAAAAGUGUAAAAACGCUGUAUGUAAACUAUCAGUAUUAAACAAACUCUUUCAUCUUAAA